GUUCCAGGCGCCGUACACUUCCCGGAUACCCUCUUCUUUACACUAUUCGCGGCAAAUUGUGAGUACUGUGAUUCAUCGGAAUGAUCACAGUCUCUCCUCAUGUGCUCGACGAGAUGAUCCUACGGUAACAAUUCGAGGCGCACAAUGGCGCCGCCAACUUCAUCACCCCCAACCAGCCCGACUACCAGCCCGACCACUGGGUCAACGCCGACACCUUCACCGGCGCCAUCUCCCAUCCCACCUCCAGUCCCUGUCGAAACACAUCCCAACCGUGGAAAGCCUCAAGCGAACCGCUUCACUCCAGAUCCUAGUCGUCUCGCACCUGAAGAUGCAUAUCGUACCUUCUCACCGCCACGACUACGGCCUGUACCGGAGAUCAGUGGCUCCGCGGCUGCCUCCGCAGCUGCAGCUGCUCUUCGACCUGCCGUCGCGUCAUUACGAGCACCGCCUGCCAUUCCACCUGUCGCAGCCCGGCUAGCAGAAGAGAGGAGAAGAGCGGCCAGCAGAAGGCGGAAGCAACCGCAUGUGUGGAAGAAGCUACUCUGGAUCAAGCAGCAUGGUUUCCCCGACAAUUACACAGAUACAGAGACGUUUCUGGACCAUCUACAAAGAAACCCAAGGCUAAGACCGUACGACUUUUGGCCGCUGGUUGCAGAUUCUGCAGUCAUUGUGCAACAUGUAUGCUCUGUGGCAAUCUUCAUCUGCGCAUAUGCUGGAAUAUAUCAGGAUCGUCUGUCUCCAGUCUCGGUGGUGACGUGCGGCACAGUUGCAACGGUCGGUGGUUGGAUAAUGUGGGAUCACUGGAUGGGCGAGGAAGAGGCGGAAGGAAUGGCCGCUGCUUGGAAGAUAAACCGCCUGUCACUUGAUGUGGACGACGUCUCAAGCACAAGCUCUACAGGGUCAGGCAAAGCAGUAAUAAAUGGCCAUGCGCAUGCAAAUGGUCACGCCAAUGGUCAUGCAAAUGGCCACGCGACUGGUGGACUCGGUGGCCGCGGUGUUGGUCUCAAAUUAUCGACGACCAACUUACUGGUCAAGGAUAACGAGUCCAAGUUUACUGGAAAGCAUGGCCAAUCUCUAUCGAAAUCGUCCUUCCAAUCAAUAUCGCCCAUCGAUCCGUUGGGUGAGUCUGCUAUUGAGCCCUUUCCGGAUCUUCGCCCGACCACAUCUCGACCGCAGGCGCCGCAAUCCUCCAGCAUCACGUACUCCCCGACCACUCUACCAGCAUCCAUCUCUGCGCGCAAUCAAGCAAGGUUGAAAACGCUCAAGUCUGCUUGCCUGAUAUAUUUCGCACUGCUUGGUCUGUCGCCCAUCCUGAAAUCUCUCACAAGAUCUACUUCAUCAGACUCAAUCUGGGCUCUGGCUACAUGGCUUUUGAUCAUCAACAUCUUUUUCUUCGACUACGGCAGUCUAUAUGUUCCCAGCAAGUCCCAAACUCCCGAUUCGCCAGCAGAGACAUCCAAAGCAACGCCAGCAGAUGCAUCACGCGCCCCCUCGAAUGCUUCGUCGCUGCGCGCCCCUCCGUUCCCCUCUUCAUUGUCGACGAAUGCAGCCUUGAUGGCCAGCACUGUGCUAGCUUCACGACUCAUGACGACAACUGCUGUAUUUAGUCUCACCCUGUUUUCCAUUCAGGUGUUCGGUCUAUUUCCAGUGUUUCGGAGGCACCUUCGGCACAAGUCGUUCAAUCUACAUCUACUACUUACGUUUGCGCUUGUCACCAUGUCCACGUGCGGACUGGGCUUGAUAUUGUCCAAAUCAUACACACAUACAUAUGGCGAGUGUGGUUUUUGUCUGGGCUGGAUAUGGCAUGUGAUAUUACGGAGCAUGAUAGGAUUCGUGGUUGGAGGCUUCAGUACAGCCUUUGUUAUGGGAGGUUGUUCUUGGUGGCUGAUUGGUUUGCAACGGUACAAGAACGUGGUCAUUGGGCCUUGGGACCCGGCCAAGCCUGUUCUGACAGGUGGUGCAUAUGGACGCGGUAGGACAGGCACAGAUUAACAAUACUUUGGUCCGGUUAUCUGGUAAAGCCUUGCGUAUUUGCGCAUCUACAUCAAGUUCCACCGGAAAGAAGGACGGCGGGACAGUCCGGAAUACCACAAUAGCACGGUAUCUACGGAGUUAUCUACGGCUAUUUUGCUCCGGCAUCGGUCAUCUCCCGAACCAUAUUUGCGCGUCUUACUGUGGUGAGAGGAGAAGCGCGACCGUCAUU